CAGAGAGCUGGGUGGUUCUGUCUCUGUCCUUGCUCACUGAAUAUUGGCUUAUAAGACCUGCUUUCUCGUUGUAAAACCCUUUCCUUAGGGUCAGUUUGCCAUAUGAGGAAAGGGAUUUGGGUGGGGAAUUCCAACUGGCGAUGAACAUUGUAUUCCAGCCGUGCGUGUGUGCAGGGGCUCAGGAAAGACCAUUGACCCAAAGAAACCAGCUAGCGUUGCUCAAAGUGCCGGUGUGGAAAGGGCCCCUGUUGAAGAGGCGAGGACCACUGGAAGUUGGUGUGGGUCUCUUAUCUCUCUACCGUUCCUCAUAGCAGGCCCCCAGGCUUCCAGGCGGUCAGAUCCGGCUAAGGAUGUCUGAGGAGGCGCCUAACAUAGGGACUUUUUCCACCCAAGCCUGACCCAAGGAGGUACUCCAGAAAGUACUCUCGACAGGUCCGGAUUGGACCCUGCUUUAUGGAGGCGGGCUCAGGACUAGCGAGGGUGGGGUGGGGGGCGCAGAAGGGUAUUUAAGACCGGGAGAUGCUGCAGGGGGCCACGGACAAAAUGAGUGGGUCACUUGUCUCUGGGACCUGCUCAGGUUCGGAAGAGGUUUCUGACCUUAAGUCUCCGCUGAGCUCUAGGUUCAGGGAACCUCUCACCCACGCUCGGUUCCAGGAGCUUUACGGGGGCGCAGAGGAGCCGGAAGUACCAGCCGAGCCCCGCUUACCCUGGCUGUGCGGGUUGUGGAGGAGGCGAGCUGGCUGUUGUUCAGGGCCGGGGGCGUGGCGCGUGCUGCUGGCACGGCUGCCUCCGCUGCGCUGGCUGCCCCAUUACCGCUGGCGAGCGUGGCUGCUGGGAGAUGCAGUGGCUGGAGUGACCGUGGGCGUUGUGCACGUGCCCCAGGGCAUGGCUUUUGCCCUCCUGACCUCAGUGCCUCCCGUGUUUGGUCUCUACACUUCUUUCUUUCCGGUCCUCAUCUACAGUUUGCUGGGCACUGGGAGACACCUGUCCACUGGAACUUUCGCAGUCCUCAGUCUCAUGACCGGCUCUGUUGUCGAGCGGCUGGUGCCCGAUCCCCUCGCGGGGAACCUCAGUGAAAUUGAAAGGGAGCAAUUGGAAGCUCGGAGAGUUGGGGCGGCAGCGGCUGUGGCCUUCGGGAGUGGGGCGCUGAUGCUAGCGAUGUUCGCUCUGCAGCUUGGGGUCCUGUCUACCUUUUUAUCUGAGCCUGUGGUCAAGGCGUUAACCAGCGGGGCCGCGUUACACGUGCUGGUGUCCCAGCUGCCAAGCCUCUUGGGUUUGUCUCUCCCACGCCAGAUCGGCUGCUUUUCUCUCUUUAAGACGCUGGCUGCGGUGCUCACCGCCCUGGCCCGGAGCAGUCCUGCAGAACUGACCAUCUCAGCGCUCAGUCUGGCGUUGCUAGUGCCGGUCAAGGAGCUGAACGUGAGAUUCCGGGACAGGCUACGCACUCCGAUUCCUGGAGAAGUUGUCAUGGUGCUUCUGGCCUCUGUGCUGUGCUUCGCCUCUUCCCUGGACACAAGAUACAACGUCCAGGUAGUGGGAGUAUUGCCUGGAGGGUUCCCCCAGCCUCUCUUCCCCACCCUGGAUGAGCUGCCCAGGAUACUGGCCGACUCGCUGCCCAUUGCCUUGGUUACUUUUGCCGUGUCCACCUCCCUGGCCUCCAUCUAUGCCGACAAGUACAGCUACACUAUUGACCCCAAUCAGGAACUCUUGGCCCACGGUGUCUCCAACCUCAUAUCUUCUCUCUUCUCUUGCUUUCCCAACUCGGCCACAUUGGCUACAACCAGCUUAUUAGUGGAUGCUGGUGGGAACACACAGCUGGCCGGCCUCUUCUCCUGUAUGGUUGUCCUGGCAGUGCUGUUGUGGCUGGGGCCCUUCUUCUACUAUCUGCCCAAGGCUGUCCUGGCUUGCAUCAAUAUCUCCAGCAUGCGCCAGAUGUUCUUCCAGAUGCAGGAGCUGCCACGGCUGUGGCACAUCAGCCGCGUGGACUUUGCUGUGUGGAUGGUCACGUGGGUGGCAGUAGUGACCCUGAAUGUGGACCUGGGCCUGGCCGUGGGCGUGGUCAUCUCUAUGAUGACAGUGGUCUGUCGCACUCAGAGGGUGCAGUGCCUGGCACUUGGAUUGGCUGAGGGGACCGAGCUCUACAGGCCACUCAGGGAGAGCCGUAAGGUGGGUGGGUCAGCCAAAGAAGGGAGGAGUGAUUCACAGGACGCUCCUGACUCUCAGACCCUUCAGCUCCUCCAGGUCCCAGGUCUCUGCAUCCUGAGCUAUCCAACACCACUCUACUUCGCAACCCGUGGGCAGUUCCGCCACAUCUUGGAGUGGCAUCUGGGGCUUGGAGAAAGAAGCAAGUCUCCAAAGCUGGGUAGUCUACCUGACAAAGGUGCUGAGCCCAUCAGAGUGGUGGUCCUAGACUUCAGCGGCAUCAGCUUUGCGGAUGCUGCAGGGGCCAGAGAAGUGGUACAGCUCACCAGGCGAUGCCAGGAUGCUGGGAUCUGUCUCCUCUUGGCUCAGUGCAAUGCCUUGGUGCUGGAGACCUUGACCCGGGCAGGACUCCUGGAGAGAAUGACCCCAGACCAACUCUUUGUGAGUGUCCAGGAUGCAGCCGCACAUGCGCUGGAGAGACUGGUGAGGCAGGAGCCAGGAGGUGCUGGGCUCAGGGAGGGAGGACCGGCUGAAUGAUGACAGCCUGGGAGGAGGGAUGCGGAGAAGGGAUGGGAUGGAGGAAGCUCAAGAGGGAAGCAGGGAGAAACUGACUAGCAUUGAAGGGGGGGCAUACCCUUAAUCCCCCAGCACACAGAGGCAGGAGGAUUUCUAUGAGUUUGAGGCCAGCCUGCUCUACACAGGGAGUUCCAGAACAGCCAGGGAUACAUAGAAAGACCUUGUCUUGAAAAAAACAAACAAGUUAGGGAGUAUGGACACCCUUCACCACUGGUGAAGACUAAGGUCUCCAAAGGGCUGAGAUGCUCCCAGCGCACCGAGUCUCAGAGAUGGACGGCUGUAACAAAUAUUCCUCAACUGUCUCUUUUCUUCCCCAGAAGCCCACUGGCCCAAAGAUUUGUACAGUGUGGGUCUGACCAAGGUCACUUGGAAUAUGAGAGGUCCCAACAGUGUGUGUGUAAGGAAGGCCACAGCCCCUGAGCCCCCCACCCCAAUACAACCAAUAAAAUGAAGCCGAGGGUGUCUGCAGCCCAUGAA